UGAGCCGAAAUCGAGACUUGCACAAUUCGCUGAGUGUUUCAGCCCACUCUCAUUCUGCUGCUGCUUCUCUCAGCACAGACCGGCUGCCUUCCCUCCCCAGCCGCACAGUAAGAAAGAGAGCCACCACAUUGCUGGAAACCUAUCUCUGAUCCUGUUACAGCCUCACCUUAAACCCACCAGGAUCCUUGCUGUGAACCCCCCUCAUUCAUUCGUUAGCCCCAUCUGCUUCUCCUUAGGAUGAGUGGGGAUCAAGUUCACAACGACUCACAGAUUGAGGCGGAUUUUCGGUUAAACGACUCUCACAAACACAAGAAAGACAAAGAACAUCGUCACAAGGAACACAAGAAAGACAAAGACAGAGAAAAGACAAAGCACAAUCAUAGUGAACAUCGAGACCCAUCUGAAAAAAAACACAAGGAUAAACACAAAGAUGGGGAGAAACACCGUGAAAAAGACGGGGAAAAACAUAUAGAGAAACAUCGGGAGAAAGAUGGUGACAAGCACCGUGAAGAGAAACACAGAGAGAAAGAUGGCGAGAAACAUCGGGAGAAAGAUGGCGAGAAACAUGUUGAGAAACAUCGGGAGAAAGAUGGUGAGAAGCACCGUGAGGAAAAACAUCGUGAAAAAGAUGGAGAAAAACAUAAAGACAAGCACAAAGAGAAGGAUCGAGAAAAGAGGAGGGAAGAGAAGAUGAAAUCUCCAAGUGGCAGUCUUAAAAUAAAGAAAGAAAAUGGCUUUGCUAGCCCUCCACGCAUUAAGGAUGAACCUUCUGAUGAAGCAUACACCAUCUCAACAACAGAGAACGAAAAAACAAUUAAAAGAUCCAGGGAUGAUGAUGAUUUAGAUUACAAGCCGAAAAAAGUAAAAACUGAAGAUGUUAAAAAAGCAAAAAAGCGAAAGCAGGAGGAGGAUGUCAAGCCCAAGAGCAAGAAUAAAAGCAAAGUCACAGGCUCAGAAGGGGACGGCAAAAAGCGUAAAAUAAAGAAAGAAGAGGAAGAAAAGUGGAAAUGGUGGGAGGAAGAGCGCCAUUCUGAUGGUGUAAAAUGGAAGUUCCUAGAACAUAAAGGUCCCUUGUUUGCGCCACCAUAUGAACCUCUCCCAGACAAUGUGAAAUUCUACUAUGAUGGUAAACAAGUCAAGCUCAGUCCAAAUGCAGAGGAAGUGGCCACAUUCUUUGCAAAAAUGUUAGACCAUGAGUACACUACAAAGGAUAUCUUCAGGAAGAAUUUCUUUAAGGACUGGAAGAAGGAAAUGACAGUGGACGAGCGGAAUCUCAUUACCAACCUUAGCAAGUGUGACUUUAAUGAAAUGAGCCAGUACUUCAAAGCACAGUCUGAAGCCAGGAAGCAAAUGACCAAGGAGGAAAAGCUGAAAAUAAAAGCUGAGAAUGAGCGGUUACUACAGGAGUACGGCUUCUGCAUGAUGGACAACCACAAAGAACGAAUUGCUAACUUUCGCAUUGAACCUCCAGGCCUGUUCAGGGGUAGAGGAGACCAUCCUAAGAUGGGCAAACUAAAGCGGAGGAUAAUGCCUGAGCACAUUAUAAUCAACUGCAGCAAGGACUCAAAAGUCCCUCCUGCUCCGUCUGGGCACAAGUGGAAAGAAGUUCGUCAUGACAAUAAGGUCACGUGGCUGGUGUCUUGGACAGAAAACAUCCAAGGAUCCAUUAAAUAUAUCAUGCUCAACCCAAGUUCCCGCAUUAAGGGUGAAAAGGACUGGCAAAAGUAUGAAACUGCUCGUCGGCUAAAGAAGUGCGUUGACAAAAUCCGGAACACAUACAGGGAAGACUGGAAGUCCAAAGAGAUGAAGGCCAGACAAAGAUCUGUGGCACUUUACUUUAUUGAUAAGCUUGCUCUGAGAGCUGGCAAUGAAAAAGAGGAAGGCGAGACUGCAGACACAGUGGGUUGUUGCUCUUUGCGAGUUGAGCACAUAAAUCUUCACCCUGAAUUGGAUGGCCAGGAAUUCGUGGUGGAGUUCGAUUUCCCGGGUAAAGAUUCCAUCCGUUACUACAACAAAGUGCCUGUGGAAAAGCGGGUGUUCAAGAAUCUGCAGCUCUUCAUGGAAAACAAACAGCCUGAUGACGACCUGUUUGACAGACUUAAUACUUCUAUUUUGAACAAACACCUUCAGGAUUUGAUGGAAGGAUUAACAGCAAAGGUGUUCAGAACAUACAAUGCCUCCAUUACCCUGCAACAACAACUUAAUGAACUAACAAACGGUGAUGAUAAUGUCCCUGCCAAAAUCUUAUCUUACAAUCGUGCCAACAGAGCAGUAGCCAUCCUGUGUAACCAUCAGCGUGCACCCCCCAAAACAUUUGAAAAAUCUAUGCUGAACCUACAGACAAAGAUCGAUGCCAAGAAAGAUCAACUGGCUGAUGCCCGACGAGAACUAAAGAGUGCCAAAGCAGAUGCCAAAGUGAGGAGAGAUGAAAAGACUAAAAAGGCACUCGAGAGCAAGAAAAAAGCUGUAGAAAGGAUAGAAGAGCAGUUGAUGAAGCUGGAGGUUCAGGCCACUGACAAAGAAGAGAACAAACAGAUAGCCCUUGGAACCUCCAAAUUGAACUACUUGGAUCCACGAAUCUCUGUAGCUUGGUGUAAGAAGUUUGAUGUCCCCAUUGAAAAGAUUUAUAACAAAACUCAGAGGGAAAAAUUUGCGUGGGCUAUUGAUAUGGCAGAAGAUGACUUUCAAUUUUAAUGCAUGUUUGGGAGAAUGAGAAUGUGGUGUAAAACCUUAAGAUUAAUUUUAUUUGAAGCCUGGAUGUUGCCUCAAAACAUGAGUUCUUGUUUUUAUUGUUUUUUAGAACGCUGUGAGCCUUACAACUUAUUAACUGUUAUUCUAUUAAUUUUUGUAAUUUCUUAUGGUGGGAAGGGGAUAUGCAGCAGAUUAAGGGGAGAAAGACGCAUAUGAAAAUGGCAAAGAAGAUAACUAUUUAAAUCCACAGGAGGAAUUUGGGGUAAAAUUGAAAAAUUGUCCCCAUUGCUGCCUUUUUAGUAUUGUCCUAUGGACAAGGACUAUAUACAUAUGUACAAAAUGGGAAACCGGAAAUUGACUGCAUUGUUUUAUGUGUUUUGAGACAGGAGGUUUUCACCAGGCAAAAAAAAAUCACAAAAAAAAUUGUAUAGAGAUUUAAAAGAGAAAAAAAACCCUGUUUUUAAUUUUUUUUAAUUUUUUUUUUUUUCUUCCUUUUUUUGCAAUAAUGUCUAUUUUAUUAGAAAAAAAAAUAAGUUGUACCCUUCCUCUUUCAUCUGGACAUAUCCCCUUUCCCAAAUUACUUUAAAUGUUUUGGGUUUUUUUUUUUGUUUUUUUUUUGUUUUUUGCAACAUUUUGUUAUUCUGGCAGCUUGAGGGGUUAAGUAAUUUAAUUCCUUUUACAACCCACUAAACGUGAAGUAUAGAUUCUGACCAAAUCACCAUGUUUUGGUUUUCGUGACUUAGACAGGCACAUUAAUGAAAACAAAUGUGAGUUUGCUUUUGAGUUUCCAGAGGUGGGGGGAGGAAGUCGAAUAUUUUAUUUAGAAAUGUGAAUUUCUUUUUUUAUUUUUAUUUUUUUUUAAUAUUAUUUAAUCUUUCUUGUUAGCAUAAAGCAGAUACUAUUUUAAAAUUGUAGGAACAUUACAUUUGCAGGUCUAAAUGUCUUUUUACACCGCCCAAACUUUGAUUAAAUUGCUUUUCAUAUCUGGGAGGCUAGAUCCUGUAAGUGCAAUGGAGACCAAAAUAGCGGAAAUAUUUUACCAAAAAAAAAGCAAAAAAUAAAAAAACUUUAUUUAUCUUGAAACCUCAGUGCUCCUACCAGUGUGUUGGUUUUUUUUUUGUUUUGUUUUGUUUUUGUUUUGUUUUUUUAAAUCUCAGAAAUUGUUCCUUUUUGAGUUAAAAAAAAAAAAAAACCAACUACAUUCAGGGAUUUUGUUUUUUUUGCAUUUUAAGAGAUUUGGAACUUUUUGGUGAGUUGCAGUGCUACCCCUUUGGGGCCAAAGGAGGCUGUACUGGCUGCAAUGGGCUUUAGCACUUUUUAAAUACUAGAAAAUAAAUUUUAAUCUGGGAUACCAUCAAUUUUAUAAGCGAGCACUACAAAAAAAAUGAAAUAUUAGAUUGCUUUUCUUUUUAAUUCAUAGCAUUUAGUGUAUUUAAAAAUUGAGUUUUGGGGGGGGAAAUACUAUAAAGAACUUUUAAUGUGAAUUUUUGCCUAGAAUCCUCAUUCAUCUACUAUGUACAAAAAUACACUGAGAACACCAUAACAGUCUUUUAUGUGGACUUGUUUUAAUUUCUCUGUUAUCUUCUAUUUUUACCAUGAAUCUGCCAUUACUGGAGUGUAGGUUAUUUAAAAUAAAGUCCUACAACUUGCA